UGGCUGACAGCGUGAGGUGGGAGCGACUCAGGUACCCGCUGCUGCAGUAUCUCUGGGCACCGCUAGUCGAGCUAGUGACACUUCUUCUUCCUCCUCCUCCUCCUCUACCUCUGCGUGACACGGCUGGAGUGUGUGCAAGUCUCGGGCGAAUCCACGCCGCAUCACCAUCUCCUCCAUAUCCCACUCAAGUCACCUCAGCGCGCGCGUGUCGGUAUUUUUCAUCUCCCGGCUGUGAAGAUGAUGAGAGGUGGAAAACGAGGAGCCGCAGUCAUGUCCUUCUCUCUGGCGAUAGUGGGAGCGUUGAUGCUGCAGUGUGUCUCCUCUCAGAACGCGGGCUUUGUGAAGUCACCCUUUUCUGAGACUAAGCUCACAGAUGAUGUCUUUGAGCUUUACUGUGAUGUGGUGGGAACCCCCACCCCGGAGAUUCAGUGGUGGUACGCUGAGAUCAACCAAGCCGAUUCAUUCAGACAACUGUGGGACGGCGCCCGCAAGAGGCGAGUGUCCAUCAGCACGGCUUAUGGCACCAAUGCUGCAAGUGUGCUCUCUGUGUCCCUUCUCACACUGGAUGAUUCGGGUACAUACGAGUGCAGAGCCAGCAAUGACCCGAGACGUAACCACCUGCACCUUAAUGCAGCCACCCCCUGGAUUCGUGCCCAGGCCACUAUAACUGUGAUGCAGAAGCCUUCAAUCGCCACCUCUGAACAAAUCACCCUUCCUGUGGAAGGUAACGUUCUCAUGCUGCAGUGCAACCUGACCGCCGCCAAUGGUGUCCAUGAGGAGAGCUACUGGAUGAAGAAUGGCGAGGAGAUCCCAGAGACGCGCAGUCCAAAUAAAAACACAGAGUACAGGCUGAACAAACCAAGGGCAGAUGACGCCGGAUUGUACAUGUGUGUCUUCACCUUUGAGAUGGGUCUUCCAGGCAAUGCCACCAUCGAAGUCAAAUCUGCUCCUGAGAUUGUAAGCCACAAGCGUAGUGAGAAUAAGAACGAGGGCCAGCGCGCUGUGCUCUACUGUAAGUCUGUGGGAUAUCCUUAUCCUGUCUGGACCUGGUGGAAGUUCAAGAACGGCAUAUUUCGGGAAAUUGACAACUCAACCGAACGCCACUUUGUCAUGAGCAAGGACAACUACACCGAGCUCCACAUCAUCAACCUGGACAUUACUUUAGAUCCAGGCGAGUUUCACUGCAAUGCCACCAACAUGAUCAGCAGCCGCGACGAGAAGUCUGUGCUGAGGGUUCGCAGCCACUUGGCCCCCCUGUGGCCUCUCCUGGGGGUUCUGGCCGAGAUCAUCAUCCUGGUCAUCAUCAUCGUCGUUUAUGAGAAGCGCAAGAAGCCGGAAGAUUUACAAGACGAUGAUGACCCAGCUGGACCAGUGAAAACUAAUUCGACCAACAACCACAAAGACAAGAACCUCCGCCAGAGGAAUACAAACUGAGCAGCUUGUCUGCUGAGUGUCAUGACACAUGUAUUAACCAUAUGAAGGUAAACAAGAAGAGAAUCCAUACCAUUUGAUAACGGGAUGUGUCUGCCAUUAAACGUAUGGUUGUGGGGGAGUUCACUGAGGCAUGCCUUAUGAUUGUUGUUGUGCUACGGUGUGAGGUCACGAGGCACUCGAAGCAUUGUGGGAUUGUUGACAUUAUAACCAUUGUUGCUGCAUGCAGUUGUUGACGUUUAUGAUUUGUUAACCUCUUAAUCACUUACUUUACAUUUUUACUUCUUCUAAAAUAAUGCAUGCAAGAUGUUGACCUUCUGUUUGACACAGAAAUGGCUUCUUUUUUCUUUUUGUUUCUCUGAGAGUGGCUUUAUGUAGAUACUCUGUACUGUGUUAAAAAGGGAAAAUCAAAACUCAGCAAUGUAAAAGAAAAAUACCACCAUACUCCGGUAUGGCAGUUGUGUACAGUUUUAUCGUUCCACUGCAUACCGUUUUCAAGGUUUUAUCCUUUUACUCGACAAUAUGUAUUACAUUUUAAGGGCUUCGCAAUGUCCCUCUAACUUUAAGGAUUACUUUACUAUAUGUAUGUACUAUAUGUAUUAAAUCACUAUAAGUGUGUAUCAGAUGACCAUUAAUAUAAAGAAUAUUCAUAUUAUAUGAUGCACUUCAAAAAUAGUGGACAAACUGUAUAAAAACCUACUUUAGCAGAUCUAUUCUAAUCAUUUGACAUUAUUUUAAAUGUAUGUGCAUUGUACAGCAUGGCUAUUUACCCUAUGCAAUUAUUCUCCAUAUCAGUAUCCUGAAAGUCAUUACAGCUUUUGAUUUCUCUGUGAUGAAGCUUUAAACUAGUAGGAUCACCGUAGAGCAUUGAUGGCAUACUACACAGCUGCAUGAAUUAUGUGGACAGUGAAAGAAGGUCCAUGUCAGGACUGACACACAUGAAGCAAUUCCAAAUAUCAGAGUCAUUUUUAGGAAUAAAGGUCUUGAAAAAGAAAA